AUGAACUUCCAUGGCGUGACCUCCGCCGCCCAAGUGGAGAUGUUGGCGCCCCCACCGCGCCUUGUCACCGACGAGGAGAGGCAGCGCCACCGCCACCGCUGGCUCGCCAUCGCCAUGACGGUGUGGCACGAGAAUUUCCUGCAAGAUGUCUACGGCGAAAACAAGUUCUUCACGCAGCAGCAGGUGGAGCGCAACACCGCGAAGACAGCGAACCGAGCGCGCAAGGCCUUCAUCCUAGCGCAGAUGGAAGGCCCGACCACCAUUGACGAUAAUGAUCCCCGGUGGGGGAUCAGUUUUCGUCCACCGUCUCCAGUUCAUCGGGCUCCGGCGUCAAAUGGAUAG